GCAGAUAAUUAAGCCUCAGUUUGAUUCAAAAUUUUAGACUAACUAAUAUGGCAGCUGCCUUUGUGGCUCUUGCUCUUGUGCUGGCCCUUGUGAUUUUUCCCAUGGCUUCUCCUGUGGGUGCACUCAGCUUCAACUACUAUGACCACACCUGCCCUCAGCUCGAGUCCACUGUUACUAGUGCCGUUAAAAAAGCUAUGAUGAAUGAUAAAACAGUUCCGGCUGCACUGCUUCGGAUGCAUUUUCAUGACUGUUUUAUUAGAGGUUGUGAUGGUUCUGUGCUCCUGGAAUCGGAAGGAAAGAACAAGGCAGAGAAAGAUGGGCCUCCUAACAUUUCAUUGCAUGCUUUUUAUGUUAUUGAUAAUGCAAAGAAAGCAGUGGAAGCUGAAUGCCCUGGCUUGGUUUCCUGUGCUGAUAUUUUGGCUCUAGCUGCCAGGGACGCUAUCGCUUUGUCUGGAGGUCCCAAUUGGGAUGUGCCCAAAGGAAGAAAGGAUGGAAGAAUUUCAAAGGCAAGUGACACCAGGCAAUUGCCGGGUCCCAACUUUAACAUUUCUCAAUUACAGCAAAGCUUCUCUCAGAGAGGACUUUCGUUGGAAGAUCUAGUGGCUCUCUCAGGGGGUCACAGUCUUGGAUUCUCCCACUGUUCUUCCUUCCAGAACAGAAUCCACAACUUCAAUUCCAGUCUUGACAUCGACCCGACAUUGAACCCAUCAUUUGCAGCGAGUUUAAGGAAUGCAUGUCCCAUGCACAACAAGGUUAAAAAUGCUGGUGCUACGUUGGAUUCAUCGACGACAAUAUUCGACAACGCUUACUACAAGCUACUUCUCCAAGGCAAGAGCCUUUUCUCUUCGGAUCAAUCCCUACUCACAACCCCAAAAACCAGCGCUUUAGUUUCCAAGUUUGCGAGCUCCCAGCAAGAGUUUGAGAAGGCCUUUGUGAAGUCCAUGAUCAAGAUGAGUAGUAUAAGUGGUGGUGGACAAGAGAUUAGGCUAGAUUGUAAAGUAGUUAAUUAGGUGAUGUUUGUUUUGCAUGAAAGAAUUCUAGCUAGUGUCUGUAAUUUCUUUGAGUUUGUGGAGUUUCCGGCCGUCGAAGUGGACGGCCACACAAUUGUUACAUUGUUUCUUCUGUGAUUGUGAUUGAUUGAUUGAAAUCUGACAGUGAAAUUGUUCUGUUUUUUUCUGCGAG